AUGGGUUCCUUCAUGUCGUCGUGGUCCAAGGGUGGCGAUGCUCUGGCGGCCGAGGGGGAGGAGGUGGGGCAGGCGGCCGUGGUGGCCUUCCACAGCAUGGAUAGCUGGAACUCUCACUGGGAGCUUCACAAGGCGCAACCCAACCAACUCGUGGGUUUUCCCCUUCGAUGUGUUAAUACGUUCUCAUUGGGAGAUCGGAUCCUUCUCCCCUCCGAUUAGUCUCCUUCUUCGACCGCUUUUUGGUAUGAUUACGGUUUACCAGAUCAACGAUCUGCUUGUUUUCUUCGGGGGCGCAGAUGGUGGUUGAUUUCUCGGCGACCUGGUGUGGACCCUGCCGGUUCAUGGAGCCUGUCUUCAAACGUCUCGCCGACAAAUACACCAACGCCGUGUUCGUCAAGAUCGACGUAGACGAGCUCCGGGUAAGCUUUUCAUUCUCUAAGCUGAGGGUUUCCCCCUGCCGAUCGAUUCUUUCUGUCAGAUCAGAUCUCCGCCGGAAUCUGCUCGACCCUGUUUAUUUCCAAAUUCAUGAUUCAGCCUCUUGAUCCAUCUGACUAUUCUCUCUCUUCAGGAGGUGGCGGCCAAGUGGACAGUGGAGGCGAUGCCCACGUUCGUGCUGAUCAAGGGUGGGCGCGAGGUGGACAGGGUUGUCGGCGCGGCCAAGGCGGAGCUGGAGAGUAAGAUCCAGCGGCAGCUCUCCUCUAAGUGA